AUGCCGCACCACCGACCCCACAUCAGUCGUACUCGCAGCUGCGUCAGUGCGCCGGCAUCGCCGUGUCGCAGUCGGUGCAGUGCUGGCGCGCUGGCGCUGGCGCUGGUGCUGGCCAUGCUGCUGCUCACGGCUGCCCUGCGCCCUGCGCCCUACGCUGCGCGCACUGCGCACUGUAUCGGCGAGCAUCCUCGCUACCUAGCCCUGCGACUCGAAACUCGCGCCGCCGUUGUAUGCGCCUAUAAUUACUCGGCUGAAUUAAAGGGUCUUCCCCCCGCAACCGUAGUCCCCUCUGAUCACGUAGCCGCCGCCAAGCAGGGGUGCCCCCCGAUCUUGAAUAGCAACAGCACGUCGCCCUCGCCGUGCAGCUGGCUUUCGGUCGCUCUGGCGGCCGGCGCCCUGUUCAAUCUCGACAGACGCUGCACGCCCAACUGCCUUCCCAAAGGACUGCCCGCACUGCCAGACGUGGCCCGAAGCAGCCCAGUGCCCGCGCCUUAUCACUCCACACGGAUGCAUGGGCCUAGUUCCUUCGGCAGGCUGAUGGCUGCAGCCGGCUAG